CAUCUCGAAUGCCGCGAGCAUCUGUUGUUUCCUGCUUGCUUUCUCACCGCCCCAUUUGAAGAUACAUCACAUCUCAACCCGCUUCCCCGCUCGACAAAAUCUUAAUCCCGCACUAGCAUCCUCACCUUUCUCGACGGCGAUAUGAGCGUUACCAGUGAAGAAAUAAAUUACUUGAUAUUCCGAUACCUUCAGGAGUCAGGUUUCGUACAUACUGGAUUCGCGUUCCAGAACGAGUCGCACAUCCACAAGUCGGAAUAUAGAAAUGCCAAUGUACAACCUGGAGCGCUCGUGAGCGUUAUUCAGAAGGGCUUACUGUACAUGGACUUGGAACUACACGUUAAUGAGGACGGAACAGAACGGGAAUGCACAGGGCCAGUGGCGCUUAUUGGACCGCACCGCUGCGACAAACAGGCCAAGAAGCCGAAACGCGACGAGCUGGUCAGCAGAGGAAAUAAGCGGGAUCGAAAGGACACCAAGAGGGCUCAAAAGCAGCAGCAGGAAAGAGAAAAACGCGCAAAGAUGGAUGCCGACGACGAAGAAAAGGAUGAAGAGAAUAUGAUGGACACAGACCAGGUCGAAGAUGUCUCUGUGGUCGGGACCCCCGCAGAGAUGACCGACAUCCCUGAAGUGAAGAUUAUACCGGCAAGCGACGCCAUCACGCUUAAGGGACAUACAGCAGAUGUCUUUGUAUGUUCAUGGAAUCCAGCCUCGCCUUCGUUAUUGGCAUCAGGAUCUGGAGAUGCAACAGCUCGUAUUUGGCAGAUACCAGCGAAUACAGACGAGCCACUCAAGGAGCCCAUUGUGCUCAAGCAUUUGCCAGCAUUGACAGACAACAACAGGGACGUGACAACAAUGGAUUGGAAUGCUUCUGGAACACUGCUCGCUACUGGAUUUUAUGAUGGGCAGGCACGGAUCUGGACACAACGUGGACAGCUACGAUAUCUGAUGAGCCAACAUCGGGGCCCAAUUUUCGCUCUGAAAUGGAACAAGAAAGGAAAUUAUAUCCUGACUGGCAGCUUAGACCAUACGACUAUCGUCUGGGACGCUACCACUGGAGAUGCCAAGCAACAGCAUGAAUUCCAUACUGGUGCUGUUCUAGAUGUGGACUGGCUCGACAACACAACUUUUGCGACUUCAUCGUCAGAUGGUAAGGUCUAUGUCUGCAAAGUGGAUAGCAUGGAUCCGCUCAAGGUGUUUGAGGGACACAAGGAUGAGGUCAACGCCAUCCGAUGGGACCCUCUCGGAGAGUUACUUGCGUCAUGUUCUGAUGAUAGGACAGUCAAGAUCUGGAGCAUGGCACAGGACGAGUGCGUGUUUGAUCUAACUGCGCACACGCAGGCAGUUUACGACAUGACUUGGGCGCCGCGCGAAGCUUCAUCCAGGAUCUUAGCGACGGCUUCCUUUGACACCUCUGUUCGACUUUGGGAUGCAAACACAGGAGACUGCUUGCGAGUCCUCUCGAGACACGUCGAGGCUGUAUACACUGUGGCCUUCAACCCAGCUGGAACUCAUCUUGCUACUGGGUCACCGGAUUACACUAUCAACAUCUGGAGAGUACAGGAUGGAGCUUUGGUGAAAACAUAUCGAGGCGAAGGGGGCAUAUUCGAAGUCGACUGGAAUAGCACAGGGGACAAACUUGCAGCUUGUGUUGCAAAUGGAACCCUCGUUGUUGCUCAUAUCAAGCUUUGAACAUGGAGAAGGGCGGGCCUUGUCCUCCAUACAGUCAUAUAGUUUUUACGGAGCCGACUCACCGUUUAAUAGACAUCGACAUCCCAUGCGUAUGAAUCCAAACACCGAAAAAUGAUGAUGGCCCAUUCAGCUGUGUUCGACAGGUCCAUCUAUCGUCCACUCGCGCUAAAAAGCGCGUGCAAGACUGGAUGUCCAAAAUGAAUGUUAAAUUGCUAUGAGAGUGCCAUGUUGGACCCUCGUGGACGCUCGAUCCAAACUUGAAAUACCAUCUGAACAAUGCUAGACAUUCGAAGGCGCU